GGCGAUUCUGCUGGUGUGACGUAUAAUCUAGUGGACGGAACGCUUCUUUCAACAGCAGCGACAGCUCGUCAGCCACCUCGGUAGCUUGAUAGACAAAAUAGACGAACCAAUAAAGCUCUUUAGACGCUUUCGUGUUUAUUAGCCACUGUAUUUUAAACUCACUACUGUCGUCUAGUUAGUUAUCCGAUUUAAUUUCAUAUUUACGGUGUUGUUAUUAGUCAGCUAGCGGGCUGGUUAAGUUAGCAUUAGCCUAGCUAGCUAACAUCUCUGACCAUGAGUUCACUAAGCUGCUCUCCUCCUGAUAAAGAAGAGGAAGUCUGCUGGAUGGAGAAAGAAGCUCUGGUGAAAGAGGAGGAGGAAGUUACAAUACAAAAACAAGUAGAGGGUGAGGCUGUUACGGUGAAAGAAGAAGAGAAAGACGUCCCAGUUAAAGAAGAGGAAGAUGCGUUCAGAGUGAAAGAGGAGGAGGAUGUUACAGUAAAAGAAGAGGAGAAAGAGAAAGAGGAGGAUGCGGUUUUUGGAGUGAAAGAGGAGGAGGAGGAGGUGACUGUCACAUCCAAAAAGGAGGAGGAAGAAGACGAGGAAACUGGAUAUCUGUGCCCGGUUUCCCAAAAGCAUAUUCAGGCGUCCAAUGGUUCUAACAAUGUACUUAGCCUUAAGAUGGUUUUGAGAAACCGGGCCCUGAUUAACACUAGAGAGAUGUGACUAUGGUGGAUCCUCUGGGGAGCCUCAACAACAUCAUGAGGGAGAGAAAAGUCUCUCCAGAUCAGAACUCCUCAAGAAACACCAUCAGAGAACCACAAGGAAGAAAUCUCACUUCUGCUCUAACUGUGGGAAAGGUUGCAAAUCUUCAUCAGAACUUAUAAUACGCCAGCGAGUACACACAGGAGAGAAAUCUCACUGCUGCUCUGACUAUGGUAAAAUAUUCAACUCUUCAGUAAAACUUAAAAUACAUCAAAGAUUACACAAAAGAGACAAACCAUAUGGCUGUGCUCAAUGUGGGAAGAGUUUUUCUUCAUCUAGCUAUCUAAUUGUACACAAGAGAACACACACAGGAGAGAAACCUUAUAGCUGUGAUCAAUGUGGGAAGAGUUUUACUUCAUCUGGCCAGCUGACUUUACACCAGAGAAUACACACAGGAGAGAAAUCUUAUAGCUGUGAACAAUGUGGGAAGAGUUUUACUAGAUCUGACCAUCUGACUUUACACCAGAGAAUACACACAGGAGAGAAAUCUUAUAGCUGUGAUCAAUGUGGGAAGAGUUUUACUAGAUCUGACCAUCUGACUUUACACCAGAGAAUACACACAGGAGAGAAGUCUUAUAGCUGUGAACAAUGUGGGAAGAGUUUUACUAGAUCUGACCAUCUGACUAUACACCAGAGAAUACACACAGGAGAGAAAUCUUAUAGCUGUGAUCAAUGUGGGAAGCGUUUUACUAGAUCUGACCAUCUGACUAUACACCAGAGAAUACACACAGGAGAGAAACCGUUUAGCUGUGAUCAAUGUGGGAAGAGUUUUACCACAUCUAGCUAUCUGACUAUACACCAGCGGACACACACAGGAGAGAAACCUUAUAGCUGUAAUCAAUGUGGGAAGAAGUACUCUGAUAAAAGAUCUCUGAUUAAACAUCAGAAAAUACAUGAAGGAGUUGUUUCAUGAUAUCAAUGAAAUAAUGUCACAAUAUAGAAUGUUUUAACAUUGUAGUAGGAGUAUUCUGUACAUUGCUGGAUUAUUUUAAUGAUGUCACAAUGUAGAACCCUAAAUGUUUCUCCCCUGUUCUAUUAAUUUCAACAUUAAAUGGAUAUUAUCCUCAGGGGGAAAAAUCUAGGCUCUGAAUUGAAAGAGUACUAUUUAUGUGAUUUAACAAAAAGUGACCCACGUGAAUCAAAGUGAAACACUUCAAAAUGUAGCUAGCUGUUUUCUACAAAUUGUCCUCUAACCAGGGAUGUACACAUUACUCCCAGAUUCCGUGUGGUUUUUGCUGCGUUAGUUUUAACAGGACGUGCAACCUCAUCUCCCUCCUUUCGCACAAUUGAUUUCAACAUGAUAUCGAUGAGUGAUGACAAAUAAGUGUUGUAUUCCUUUGUUUAUCGACCCCUACAUUUAAAUGCAUCACUCCAACAUGUAGCUGACUGUCUUCUGCAGGUUGACCUCUAACCAGUGAGGUGAAAUAUAUCUCCCAUUUCCAUUUGUUUUUUUAGUUGUGUUCGUUUCAACAGCACGUACAACCUGAUUUCCCCCCUAAUCGAUAUCAUUGAUUUAUUGCUACUUGUCAAAACAACAGUGUUUCUGGUGCUUGUGCAGUUUAUUUCAGGUGCUUGUUUAAGAAAAAUUCAAGUAAUAUGAUUAUUGUGGCAGAUGUUUGUGUAUAUAGCACAUUUUAUGUUUAGGCUUUUAAUAUAUCACAAACUGUUUCUGCAUAUUGGUUAUUGAAAAUGGAAUGUCUAAGUUUAAGGUAAUGACUAAAGGAUUCCACCCUGAAACGUAUAACUGUGUAAAGAAUUAGAAUUAAUAGUCUGUAAUUCUCUAAUGUGUGUGCGUAGGACAAGUUAAGACUUUACUAUUUAGCAAUUCAAGUGAGACAUUCAAAGGAAAAGAGGAAGUGUUAACAGACAGCUUGUGACAGACAACUUGUGACCACUGUAAAACUGAUAACAGGAAGGAGGUCUCCCCACCCAGGGAGGGGAGAAACCGUUAGGCUUGCAGUAGACUAUGUAACAUGUUUCAGGAUAUGAUAAGCAAUGUAUGUGUUGGAGAAGACUUGUAACCAGCAUUGACAGUGUUUGAGAAGAGUAGAGGUAUUUAUAUGACCAAAUGUGAGGUAUAAAAGGCUGUGUGCUUGUAUGAGCUCUCUGAAUAAAGAACUUACCCUUUGCAGAAA